CUUAUUAACAAUAUUAUUUUCUUUAGUAGAUAAUGCGCAAUAAUAAAUCUUGUCACUAAUUUUGUCUUCUGAGAAACCUCUUCAAUUCCUCAUUUGUUGUGUUUACAAGUAAACUCGUGGUUUUGUUUGCUCCGCAAAGAGCGUAUAAUCCUGAAAGUACGUGGAAAAAUGAGUAAGAAUCUGAAGAAAUAUAUUCUCUGGUUUGCCCAGGAGCACGUGAACUUCCGUUAUCCGGAAAUCCAGUCAAUCUUCAAGCUGUUCAACAUUUGUCCGAAUUUGAAGAAGCCAGAAUGUCCAGAACAUCCUUUCUGGGUCGUCGACCUUCCGGACGAAGAGUCAGCGCGGAAGAUUGCAUCGCGCUCCGUGUCUCUGCGGUGUAUUCUGGAGCUGUGGGCUCACGCGACGAGCGUUCCCGUGAUGCACAAGAACGUGCAGAGUCUUAUUGAGCAGAAUCCUCAGUGGAAGGAGACGAUAUUCCACAAGAACUCCUCCUUCAAGAUUACCGUUGAGACGUACAACAAACACAUCAGUCAGGCUGAGAAGUUGCAGAAGAUCGAGACAUUUCAGUACAUUCCCACGUCUGGAGAGGUGAAUCUGAAGAAUCCCGAUGUCCAGUUCAUGUACUUCGAGUUCUACGGUCUGGAUCCCACGAAUGUGCCUGCAGAGCCUGACAAUGCCUUCUUUGGGCGCUGGAUUGCGGACGGAAGACGCAGUGAUCUGAAGGAGUUGUCCCUGAAGCGACGCAAAUUCAUCGGCAACACCUCCAUGGAUCCUCAGCUGUCCACCCUGAUGGCCAAUCAGGCCCUGACUCGCGAAGGAGACCUCAUUCUCGAUCCCUUCGUGGGAACUGGUUCUCUCCUGGUCAAUGCGGCAAAAUUCGGGGCUUUUGUCCUCGGCACAGACAUCGACUUCCUGAUGCUGCACGCCAGAACGCGUCCGUCACGGAUAAGGCAGAAGGAGCGUGAGAAGGACGAGUCGGUGAGGGCGAAUCUGAUGCAAUACGGCUGCCAGGACAAGUAUUUAGAUGUCUGCGUGGCGGAUUUCUCACUGCCCAUCUGGAACAGUCACUUGAGGCUCGAUGCCAUCAUCACGGAUCCUCCCUACGGCAUCCGGGAGGCCACAGCCAAGGUGGCGCCCAAGGAAGCGUCGGAGAAGAGGACUCCUUCGCCGCCACCGCCGGGCGUUUUUCACUGUCCAUCGCGCUCGCGAUACGAUUUGAAGGACAUCUUCAGGGACCUUCUGACUUUCGGGGCGCGCCACCUGAAGCUGGGCGGACGUCUUGUGUGCUGGCUGCCUGUGAUCCGCGAUGAGUACACUGACAGCGUCCUUCCCAGUCAUCCCUGCAUGGCGCUGCUGGCCAAUUCCGAGCAGAUCCUGAGCAAGUUCAGCGCCAGGCGCUUGCUGACCUUCGAGAAGAUCACAGAAGGAUGCGACGCGGCAGAUGGCGAGAGUUCCGGGGCGCAAGUGGACUUUCGGCACAAGUACUUCAGCCACGGCGAGGAGACGCGCGAGGAGCGCCGGCUGCAGAGGGCGCAAUUGAGACAAAUUGGCCGCGAAGAGGCGGCAAAGAGACGCAAAGAGGCGCAAUAGUUAAAUAAAAAGCUCACUUUUUUCAAUUUUCUUAUCCUCUUUUUUUUUAUUAGUCAAUAUUUUUCAUUUCAUAAUAAUGUACGUAUUAAUAUUCUUUUCUUCAUUUUUUUUCUCUCAAAAAUUUCUAAUCAUCUUUCAGCAAAUUAUUUUUAGUCUCUUCGAAACUUACAAAUAUUUAUAUUCAUCAUCUGGCAUUCGAUUUGAAUUCCGAUAGAUUCUCAUCGAUCAUAAAAUGGUUUUUUUUUUCAAUAGUUUUUAAAGUGUUCAUAAAUUUUUUUUUUACUUCCUCUGACUUUUUUUU